AGCGAAACGCCUCCACCUGGUAACGGCCUAGUCGCUGCAGUCAUCUUAUCGUGGAGCGGGACACGGCACCAUGUCUUACCGGGAUCUAAGGAAUUUCACAGAAAUGAUGCGGGCGCUUGGCUACCCUCGCCUCAUCUCCAUGGAGAAUUUUCGCAGCCCCAACUUUCCUCUGGUCUCCGAAGUGCUUAUUUGGUUGGUGAAAAGGUAUGAGCCUAACAUGACCUUACCUGUGGAUGUGGACACGGAGCAGGACAGGGUUUUCUUCAUUAAGGCGGUCGCACAGUCCAUGGCCACAAAAGCUCACAUCAAGCUGAACACCAAGAAGCUGUACCAGGCCGACGGCUACUCUGUGAAGGAGCUGCUGAAGGUCACCACCGUGUUGUACAAUGCAAUGAAAACCAAAGGCAUAGAUAACAUUCAGAUUGGGGAAGAGGACACGACCACCUUCAAGUUUGACUUAGGAACCAAAAUUACUGACUUGAAGAUGGCCCGACAACUUGCAUCUGAAAUCACCUCGAAGGGAGCAUUGCUGUAUGACAUCUUGGGCAAUGAGGCUGACCUGCGAGAUUUGAGAGCUGCCGCUAUCGCCCGUCCUCUGGAAAUUAAUGAGACAGAGAAGGUGCUGAGGAUGUCCAUCAGAGAAGUCUUGGAACAAUGUCAGAAGAUGAGGGACUUCCUAACAAACGCGUCCUGCGACGAGGUGAACCUGGAGUCCAAAAUUGAAAAACGAAAAAAGGAGCUGGAGAGGAAUCGAGCGAGACGUCAGACUCUCCAAAGUGUCAGGCCGGCCUUCAUGGAUGAGUAUGAGAAGCUAGAGGAAGAGCUGCAGAAGCAGUAUGAGAUCUACAUGGACAAGUACCGCAACCUCUGCUUCCUAGAACAGCAGCUGGAGGACCAUCAUCGAGUGGAACAGGAGCGCUUCGAGGAGGCAGAAAACACACUGAGGCUGAUGCAGAGCAAGCUGAGGGAGGAGGAGAGCAGGCUGCAGAAGUCAGCAAAUAGCAAUGAAGAUUCGGAUAGUGAGAUCCAGGAUGACGAAGGCUCUGAUGACAUGGAGGAGGAGGACAGGAGACUCGGUAAAUUUCAGAUGGGGCGCAGCAUACCCGUACAAGGGAGGGGCGCCCGCAUUGUGGGGACCAUGCAAGGAGGAGACAGCGAUGAGGACGCCUUAGAGGACAGUGAGAUGGAUGUGGAUGAUGAAGAUGAUGAGGAGGACGAUGAUGAGGACGACGAUGAUGAGGAAGAAAUCAUGAGGGCAAGGGGUCCCAAGAGAGACUUGGGAAAGCCCAGCAGACUAUUGCGACAAAAUGAGUCAUUUGUGGAGAGUGACAAUGACUUCUAACAUGGUGCAUGCUGAUCACAGCAGUUCUUAAAGGGGUUCAGUCAGCUCUUCUUACAUGUCUGUUUCAGUAAAAACCUUGUAUUCGCCCAAAAAUGUUAACUCUGGGGCAUCUUUUCUUAGUUCUCUGCAUUGUGCUGUUCCUCUGUUAAUCCUCCUAGAAAGGUAUGGAUAAAUUGACACUAUCCGGUCAGUGCUGUGCUGGGACACACCCUAUGGGGUCAGUUUAUUCAUCCAUUUCCUUAAAGGGGUUGUCAAAGUUAUUUUUAAUUAUAACGUAUCCCCAGGAUAGGUCAUCAAUAUCCGAUCGGCCGGGGUCCGACACCUGGCACACCCGCUGAUCAGCUUUUUGAGGAGAGAGGCCGCACUCCAUGCUCACAUGUUUACCUGCUCGCCGUUGCAUCUGCAGCGGUGAAUAGGACAGCUUAGGGUCCAUUCACACAUCCGCAAUUUCGUUCCGCAGAAUGGAAUUGCGGACCCGUUCA